GAAUGGGAGGAGAAGAGGCGACAGAACAUUGAGAAGAUGAAUGAAGAGAUGGAGAGAAUAGCAGAGUAUGAGAGAGGACAGCGGCCGGAUGGAGACAAGCCAAUCCGUAAUUUCCUGGACGACCCGAGACGUUCAGGCCCGGCACCAGAUGUGGACCGCAAGGAGGGGAGCAGGAGACACGUACGAAAUUGGGGAGGGCUGGACUUUGACAAUGUGAAGACAGGAGCUGAACUGGAGAAAGAGUGGACCAGCCGAAGGCCUGGUCCGAAAGGCUCUGUGGACAUGACCAUGUCUAUGACGGGCCGGGAGAGAGCAGAGUACCUGCGCUGGAAAAAGGAGCGUGAGCAGAUUGACGAGGAGAGACUGGCACGCCAUCGUAACGCCACAGGCCAGUGGAGACGAGAGUGGGAUGCACAGAAGACAGAAAACAUGUUCAAGGAGGACCCAUAUGUGGCCUCAGAGGGCAUCACACCCGAGCAGGGAAGCAGGAAAGGCAAGUCCACACUCGCACACACUCACACAAACACACACUACUAGUUUGCUGUUGCUGUGGUUACACAACAGCUGGCAGG